UUAAAAUAUGAGUAAUCAUCCUGCAUCAACCAGACCACCUUAAUAAGUUUAACCAGUUCCAUCACAUCCUGUUGCAUAUUCCCCUCCACGAACAUAUGCACCACCAGUAUAAUUUGCAAGUCCUUCAUAUUUACCUGUUUAACAAUCUUUUGUUGGUGCACCUGUUUAAUAUGUUCCUCAACCAGUUGCUCUUUAACCAGUAGCUUAGCCACUUGUUCAACCAAUUACUGUUUAACCAGCUUAGUAGGUUAUAAAAGGAGAAAGCAGAAUCGAGUAUAAAUCAAAGUUAAUAUUUAUUUAGGUAUGUUCCAUAUGAAAAAUCAGUUAUUGAAUAUGAAGAAGUUAGAUAGAGAAUAUAAGUACCAAGAGAAAAAUAUAUAACUGAAUAUUAAGCUAUAGAAUAUUAGACAGAAUAUGUCCCAUAAGUUUUCUAUGAUAAAGUUACAGGUAUCUAAUUUAAUUUUAAUUAAUUAGAAUAUGUUCCUGUUGAUAGAUUUUAAGAUAGAGUUGAAUAUUAUCCUGUAGAGAGAUAAGUAGUUCAUUAACCAGUUUAAUAAGUGGUGGCAUAACCAGUUGUUUAAUCUCUUGUUCAAUAAGUUCCUUAAUAUGUAGCUCCAGUCUAACCUAUACUUUAACCUAUGUUCUAGCAAUCUCAAAUUUAAUAUACUCCAUAUCUCUAACCUAAUUUUAUUCCUUCAAGAAUUGCACAACCUUCUUAUGCUCCACCAUUAUCAUACGGUCCUCCAGUAUCAUAACCAAGAAGAAAUGUAAAUUCUUAUUUUUAUUUAACAGUCUCCUCCUGCUAAGCAACUUCCAGCUUAAAAACCAUAACCAAAGAAAGAAAAAAAUACCUUUUUUGACAACAUUUUUAGUUGAUUAUUUAUAUCAUAUUCAAAC